AUGGUCAGCUGGCUUGCUGGACUGCACCCGCAUGGUUGGCUUCGAGGGAUCCUUGACAAUUAUGUGUGGAAAAGAAAGGCCGAUCUGGCAGGGAAGACGAACCCUGGGUCUCGUCAGCUCAGCGGCUGGGUGAGAACGAGAAAGGCCAUAUUAACAGCAAGAGCUGCCAUGUUGUGGACAUCGAUCUCUUGUCAAGCGUGGAGAACAAGAUCUUAUCCACACCGUCGGCUAUGGGGGAAGGAAGGUAGUACAAAACGAGAAGGUGGAAAGGAGACAAAGUUCAGCACCGGCAAGUCGGGAAGAAUCAACUCCAGCGGGAGCAAAGUUGAUGGUAUCGAAGGUCAGGCUCCCCCUCCCUCUGCCUCAAAGGGCCGCCAUGGCUUCCAUAGGACGGAGUAG